UGUUUUAGUGUUGCUAUAACGACGCAACCAAACAAAAUGCAAUCGAUACGAAUGGAAACACUUAUAGUUCGUCCUGCUAAAAUGGAAAUUCAAAAAGUUCGUACAAACAUUUGGCUCCAGAUUUCACUCUACUUGAACGCUUAUUUCGCACCCAUAUGGAUAGUUUCGUCCAUAUAUUAUUAUCAUAUCUCAAAGCAAUUUAUAGUAUCACCGAUUGAAGAGAUAUUGACGAUUACAGCAAUUACCAUUGGUAUACCUACCGAAAUCAGUCGCUUGUACUUUGGAUACUCUGGAAAUUUACGAGAGCAAAUACCGGACCUCGCCGCCUUCUUAAUAUCAACAUCUUUCGUUCGAUUGCCAAUCCAAUGUUAUUUGCUACUUGCCGAGCACACAGCAUACCGUACCGGAUCAUUAAUUGUACAAUCGAUUGCGAUGACUCUUCUACUAUUACAAAUGAUCAUUGGAUUUUACGUAAUUCGAGUUUAUUCGAAGACUCGCGCCAAACAAUUUCGAAUGGAAAUGUUAAUCAGACAACAAAAUGCUACAAUGACGUCGACGGGGAGUUGAUUCAAUAAAAUAAAUUUAAAAACAAUAACUAAAUAUG